AUGGCUUUUUCUGAAUCUAUAUGUCUAGGUGCCAAUCAAGAAUGGAUUGAAGAUCCCACAAACAGAAGCGCAUUAUUUACUCGUGAUAGAAUUCGUAUGACAUUGACUGACCUGGCAUCACCUAUCUUCAGGUCCGAAUUGCAAGCACUUAUUUCUGCUUGUCGGAGAACAAGGUCGCAUGUUGACAAAAUGUGUUCCAACCUGUUGCAUCAAGCUGUGACUAUCAUGCCUGUAGUCAAGAGGGAAGCAGUAAAGAAUUACAGUUUUCUACUUGGACUGGGGGAGAAUGGAAAGGAAGGGUAUGCAGUGAUUGCUUUAGGAAUCCUCAGGCCUUCAGAUUUAAAGGACAUAGUUCUCUCCAAGUUUAUUGCUUUGUUGUUGCAGACAAAAUAUUGUGUUGGAGAAAGAUUUUCUCGCCCUGUAUCUAAUGAUACAUACCUACUUAUGCCUCUUGUUUCUGGUAUGAUAGUUUGUUUCACAAAGGCAAAGACCUGUCAGAGGCAGUGCAUCAAAAUUAUUGUUGAACUACAUUCGGACUUCCCCAUGCAAGACUGCUGUUACUGCAUCUGGUUGUUACCUUGCCCUGCUCCUGGCUCCAGAGGCACUAAAGUAUUGGUUUGCCGCUCUACUGAUGCUGAUUUGACUCUAGAGUUCCUAAAUCCGUACUUUACUGAAUGA